AGAUUCUGUUAACUGAAGAGAAGAAGUCAUUAAAAAUUCGUUUCAUAAAGUGAUUAAUAAAAUUUUCUUGGGAAAAUUUAGUAGGUAACUACCUUUAUUCACCAAUAUUAUAUAAAAGGAAAAGAAAAAAGAAAGGAAAUGAAAAACUUUGGAAAAAGUAUACCUGUUUGCAGUCUAAAACAAAACAAGAAUGAUAAAAGCCAUGGUUAUAAGCUUUAUUUUAGUAACAUUGACUAUGAUAUUGAUUGAGGCUAAAUCUGUAAUGUCGGAUCAAAAUAAAGGCUCGCUUUUUACAAACCCACUGAAAGAAAAACUUGUAUCAAAAUGCGAAAAAAAAUCAUGCACUGAAGCAAUAAGGAAGUUCAAUAGUUUAACAGAAGAUCUGAUUAUGGAUAGGUAUCAUCUGGUGCUCGUUCAUCGUCUAAAAUGUUUAUUGGUAUUACGUUUAACCAAACACGACUCGACCUCAAAUGAUUCUGCUUGCUCUUAUCAUACUACGGAAGGUUUCAUUAAAAGUCCAGAUGUAAAAUUGCUAACUUCGGAUAUUGCAGCCCUUCGGCUUUAUGAAAAUUUGUUAGAUAAGAUUCUUGGAGAACUCUACAUUGUGAUGAAACAUGAAGCAAAUAUUGACUCUGGUCAAAAUUUUUUGGUGUCGAUGUUACAAUUAUGCAACAGCGUAAAAUCGCUUUACAUGCGAAUUAAAAGUAUCGUAGAGAUAUAUUCUGAAUGUAAUUGCGAGGCAUUUGAGAAAACUAAGGAAUCGUAUAUUCAAACCUACGAUGUCUUGACAAAAAAAUACGACCACUCUAAAAGCAUGUUGAUUAUUCUCAAACAGCUGGGAGUUUUAAAGAAAAUUUUUAAAGAAGAUUUUUGGGAAAGAAAGAAAAAGUAUGUCUUAUGUGACACUUGAAUUUUUCAACUUCAAUUUGAUAAUAUUAUUUGGUAUUGUUCCAAACGGUUACAAAGCAGUAUGACGUUUUUCAUGCGGGAUUUAGAUUGUAUUGGAUAUUGUAUUUUAAAAAAACUUUUAUUUAUGACCAUAAUUUUUUUUUUUUUGUGAGUUUUCAAAAAAAAAAAAUUCUUGAU